GCCCCCACCCCGCCCUGGGCUGGCCAGGUUCCAGCCAGCAGCCACACAUCAAUAUUUCAUCCACGUCAAUAAGAGGCAGCGGCGGCAGGGACAGCGGCUGCAGCCAGCACUUGCCAGCUCCGGUCCCUAGCUCGCAGCAGUCAGGUCCCAUCCUCGCAACCACCAUGGACGUCUUCAAGAAAGGGUUCUCCAUUGCCAAGGAAGGUGUGGUGGGGGCUGUGGAGAAGACCAAGCAGGGAGUGACAGAAGCGGCUGAGAAGACCAAGGAAGGAGUCAUGUAUGUGGGCACCAAGACCAAGGAGAACGUGGUACAAAGUGUCACCUCAGUGGCUGAGAAGACAAAGGAGCAGGCCAGUGCCGUCAGUGAAGCUGUGGUCACCAGCGUCAACACGGUGGCCAGCAAGACCGUGGAGGAGGCAGAAAACAUUGUAGUCACCGCUGGGGUGGUACGCAAGGAGGACUUGGAACAACCGGCGUCUGCCCAGGACCAGGAGGCCAAAGAGCAAGAGGAGGAUGAAGAGGCCAAGAGUGGAGGAGACUAGGAGACUGCCAUCAGCCACAGAGGCCCAAGGGACAGCCCCUCUACCUUGGAUCCCGUCCCCACCUGGCAAUAAGUGCCCUGCCUAAAGUGCCCUGCCGGUUGCCCACGUUCUCUGCGCCCCAGCGGAGUGCCACAAGCCUAUCCACGCGCGCACGCUACUGCCAGCGCCAGCGCCCCCUGCUGGCUCCUUUUGCCCUAUGGUCCUCUGGAUCCCAAAGAUCAGAUGCUGCUGUAAUUUUUUUUUUUUUAAAUGAUUCCAAAUAAAACCUGAGCCCCA